AUUUCGGCAAAAUAUAUGUGUUUGUAUUUUGCUUGUUAGAAUAAUAUUCUAAAUUAAAUAGAAAACAAUAGGUUGAACCUAUUUAUGUUUUAAUACCAGUGAGAAAUAAAAAAUUAUUAAAUAUGUCUGCUCUACAGAAAAGUAUAUUGAGAAAUAAAUUACCGCCUAGGUGUCCUAGAACUUCGGGUAUAACAAAGUUGGCUCCAUUCAGUGGGGGUCGCCGUAAGGACUACACUCCAGUAUCAUGGAAAAAGUAUUUCGAGAGAUAUGUAGAUGUGGAUACAGAGGGAGGUGUAUUCAGGGUGUACCUAUCACCAGAACCUGACCAUCCUGAAAGGCCGAGAAUUAUCACAUUACAUGGCGGUGGCUAUUCAGGGUUAAGCUGGGCUCUGUUUACUGAAGAAGUAACAAGUAUGAUCCACUGUCAGGUGAUAUCAAUGGAUAUUAGAGGCCACGGUGAAACAAAAGCCAAGAAUCCUGAUGAUUUAAGUAUAGAUACAUUAGUCAGAGAUGUGGAACAAGUACUACAGAAGUUGUUUGGUGAAGACUUACCAUUACUAAUUCUACUGGGCCACUCGAUGGGCGGUGCCGUUGCCGUCCGUGUCGCACAUCUGCCGUCCUUACAACCGUGUGUACAGGGGCUCGCUGUCAUCGACGUCGUUGAAGGUACUGCAAUGGAAGCAUUAACUAGUAUGCAAAGCUUCCUAAGAGGGAGGCCCACACAUUUCAAGAGUAUUGAACAUGCAGUAGAGUGGUGUGUGAGAAGCGGUCAAGUUAGAAAUGUUGACUCCGCGAGAGUGUCAAUGCCUGGACAAAUUGUAAACUGUCAAACAGGCGAGCUGGCAAUCAACGAAGUAGAUUCAUAUAUACCGGACAGCAACGCUACAGGUCCCGAGCCCACUAGGCACACCACGCGGGCUGACUCCAUCGCCGAGGAAGAUGAUGAGUGCAGUGAACCACCUUCUCCCAGUGAUGAGUUCGUGCAACCAGCCGCUGUAGGGGACGGGAAUACUACUAUGAAAUACAAAUGGCGGAUUGACCUGUCAGGCACGGAGCGUCACUGGGCGGGCUGGUUCAGGGGACUAUCAGCUGCUUUUCUGGCGGCUCCAGCUCCUCGUCUGCUGCUGCUCGCGGCUGUCGACGGGCUCGACACUGAGCUGGUGGUCGGACAAAUGCAGGGUAAAUUCCAAAUGCAAGUUUUGACGAGAUGCGGCCACGCGGUGCACGAAGACUCGCCGGGAGAGGUGGCGCGCGUGGUGGCGACGUUCGCGCUUCGCCACAGACUCACCACGACCACAGAGCACGGCGAGGACAUGCAUAUCACCGGCGUCUCUAUACCCGGAUGCUGAACACUCACUCAUUCCUUAUCUCAUUCUUUAACCCACUUGUUUGACAAAUGGAUUUAGCCGGGUCUACUAUUGUCUGAUUUUUUAUCUGUUUAGAACAUCCGGUAUGUUUGUUUAGCUACCGAAUUUGUUGAGAUUAUUAUUAAUUAUACACCGAUUUCAAUUUGACGUAUCUGUAUUUCAGACAGCCAAAAUCUUUACAAAAAAAUUAGAGCGCCAUCUAUCUUGAUCUUUCUGUAUUUUUAUUAAAUGCAUCAAUUUUACAACAGGUACAUUCAUUUUAUCGAAUUAGGUGUUAUUUUACGAAUGGCCAUUUCGUUGCUAAAUGGAAUUAUAUUAUUUGUUUAAUUCCGCUACCACCAGCAUGUGUGAGACCAUAAGUAUUCAGUGCGGAAACCUGACCACUAAUUUAAUAUUAAAUCUUCAAAUUAGACCCGUUAACUGGAUAGAAAGUUCGAGUUUUCUAAUGACAUAUUUAAUUAGUAAACCUGGCAUGUUUUUUAACCUAAUAAUUUUUACAUAGUGUAGAAUGAAGUCUCUUUCGCUGUCUGUUAGCUUAGUUAUUUUAAACUACUCAAUGAAAUUUUAAUACAGUUUUAGCAAUAGAUAGAGUGAUUCAAGAGGAAGGUUUAUAUGUAUAAUAUAUGUUCACCCAUGUGAAGCCGGGGCGGGUAGCUAUUUGUGUAUAAAACGAACAAAUAGAAUAUGUUUUUUAUGUUAACAAUAAAAAAAUACUUAAACAAUCUCAUCAUAUUAAGGGGCUUAUUACACUGUCACAAUUAUAGGAUCCUUAUAUAGAAUAAAGAUACUGUGUGGAUACAAAGUGAUCUCACUAGAAUAUUACUAUAGUAAAAAUGACGAGUAUUGGGUCAUUAGCUUAAUAAAUUCAUAAUCUAGAUAUGAUAGUGUAUAAUCCCCUUAAAAAUUAAUGUUUACUGUAGCAUCUCCCAUACAAUAAAUAGUAGAUAAAUAUCAACAAUUUCAUAUAUGUGUACAUAUUUUUGUAGAUGUUUAGACAUAAUAUUGUGUUGUUCUUAUAUCCGGCAAACUUGAGUAUUAUUGAAUUGAAUAUGUACCAUAAAUAGUUAGUAUAAUUAGCUAUAUAUUUAUUUACAUUAAAACUGUUAAGUCUUCUAAAGAAAUAUUAAUGUUCUGUGGAUGUAACACGUCAAGAGAAUGUUGCAUAUUUUAUUUGUACUAAUAAUUUUCAGUACUAUAAAAAUGUAGCGGAUAAUAAAUUAGUAAACAGUAUCCAUGUUUUUAACUCAUUAUUUUUAGAUCUUUAUUUCCGUCCGAGGCGCAAAUUGUCAAUAGAAAUUAAUUUCUUACUUUAAACUACUAGAUUUAUUCUCGAUUAGCUAAUAAAAAGCAAUUGUACAAUGAGAUCGUUAUUUAUUUAUUAGUAAUAUAAUGAGCACUUAUAAAUACAGUAGUUU